AUGUCUGCUUCUACUUCAAAUCAUUUCAAAUUUUCGGUGGGUGAUGCGUUUGAUUCUCUUCGAACGAUUCGCGUACCAGCAAAAGACGGCCGAAGUGGACAAGAUAUUCAACUUCAGUAUUCGCAUCAAAAGGUGAUUGGAAAUGGAUCUUUUGGAGUAGUAUAUCAAGUGAAAUUAGAUCACAAUGGAGAAGACGCUGCCAUAAAAAAAGUGUUGCAAGAUAAACGCUUCAAAAACAGAGAGCUAGAGAUUAUGAGGCUAAUGAACCAUCCCAACAUUUGCGCCAUCAAGGCCUAUUUUUACUCACAAGGGGAAAAUAAGAGAGACGAUGUUUAUCUGAAUCUCGUCAUGGAAUACGUACCAGAAACAGUGUAUCGGGUCACUCGUCAUUAUACCAAGAUCAAACAAGCUGUGCCCAUGUUGAUUGUCAAGCUGUACAUUUACCAAUUGUUCAGAAGCCUUGCCUAUUCUCAUACGCUUGGCAUUUGUCACCGUGAUAUCAAGCCUCAAAAUCUGUUGGUACAUCCCAUCUCGGGUGUAUUGAAAUUAUGUGAUUUUGGAUCGGCAAAGAUACUGGUAGAAGGUGGCGUUAAUGUUGCUUAUAUCUGCUCUCGUUACUACCGUGCUCCAGAAUUAAUCUUUGGCGCCAAUUCAUAUACCUCAAGCAUCGAUAUUUGGUCAGCAGGAUGUGUGAUGGGAGAGCUAUUAUUAGGACAGCCCUUGUUCCCAGGAGAGAGCGGAAUCGAUCAACUUGUAGAGAUUAUCAAAGUAUUAGGCACACCAACAAAAGAGCAAAUCUUGACAAUGAACCCAAAUUACACUGAUCACAAAUUUCCAAGCAUCAAAGCACAUCCAUUAUCCAGAGUGUUCCGCUCUCGCACACCACCAGAAGCACUGGAUCUAUUAUCACAUAUCUUACAGUAUGACCCAAAACUGAGACCCACAGCUAGCGAAGCCAUGGUACAUCCUUUCUUUGAUGAAUUGCGUAAUCCAGAGACAAAGAUGGCAACGGGCAGAGAGUUACCUGAAUUAUUCAACUUUUCAAGAGAAGAGCUGUCGAUAAGACCAGACUUGAUACAGAAAUUGGUUCCUUCACAUUAUAUUGAUUCUUUGCAACAAAAAUCAGGAAUAGACAUUUAUCACUUUGAUCCUAUCCCAGUAGAGGAUUUACGAUUAACCAAUGUAGAUUGA